GGGGGUGGGGCUGGGAAUCCGGUUCGAAACCGGAGUGCCGGCAGGUGCAGGGGUCCUGGAGCCCAGCUCCUGGCGAGCCGGCCAGCAUGACCCGAGGCGUGGGGCUAGAUGACGAGCUGCCCGACUGGGCCGGCGCCAAGGAAUUCUACCAGAAGUAUGACCCCAAGGACGUCAUCGGCAGGGGCGUGAGCAGCGUGGUGCGGCGAUGUGUGCACAAGCAGACGGGGCAGGAGUUUGCGGUGAAGAUCAUCGAGGUGACCUCGGAGCGCAUGACCCCGCAGCAGCUGGAGGAGGUGCGGACCUCCACGGGCAAGGAGAUUGCCAUCCUGCGUCAGGUGGCAGGGCACCCCUACAUCAUCACACUCAUCGAUUCCUACGAGUCGUCCACAUUCAUGUUCCUGGUGUUUGAUCUGAUGCGGCGUGGGGAGCUCUUCGACUACCUGACGGAGAAAGUGACCCUGAGUGAGAAGGAGACCAGGUGCAUCAUGCGAGCGCUGCUGGAGGCGGUGAGCUACUUGCAUGCCAGCCACAUCAUCCACCGUGACCUGAAGCCCGAGAACAUCCUCAUGGACGAUCAGCUCAAUAUAAAGCUCUCCGACUUCGGCUUCUCCUGCCGGCUGGAGCCAGGGCAGAAACUGCGGGAGCUGUGCGGGACCCCCGGGUACCUAGCCCCAGAGAUCCUCAAGUGCUCCAUGGAUGAGACGCACCCGGGCUACGGCCAGGAAGUGGACCUGUGGGCAUGUGGUGUGAUCUUCUUCUCCCUGCUGGCUGGCUCGCCCCCGUUCUGGCACCGCAAGCAGAUGCUGAUGCUGCGCAUGAUCAUGGAGGGGCACUACCAGUUCAGCUCUCCGGAGUGGGAUGACCGCUCGGACACCGUCAAGGACCUGAUCUCGCGGCUGCUGCAUGUGGAGCCGUCGGAGCGGCUAUCGGCGGAGCAGGCCCUGCACCAUCCCUUCUUCGAGCGCUGCGUGGGGCGCCCGGUCCGGCUGUUCAGCCCCUACCGCCGGUUCAGGGUGCUGGUGUGGACGGUGCUGGCCUCCAUCCGCAUGUUCAACAGCUACCGGGUGCGCACGCGGCCGGUGACGCGGGAGCUGCUGCUGCGCGACCCCUACGCGCUGAAGGGCGUGCGCAAGCUCAUCGACGCCUGCGCCUUCCGCAUCUACGGCCACUGGGUGAAGAAGGGCGAGCAGCAGAACCGCGCCGCCCUCUUCGAGAACCUGCCCAAGGCCCUGCUGCUGGCCCUGCUGGGCGCUGAGGGCGAGGGGGCGGAGCUGGGCCAGGGCGAGGGGGCGGAGCACUACUGCAGCACCACUGCUCCUCUCCACUAG